AUGGCGUAUAAAAAUAUCAAUGUUGCUGUUAUUGGCGCUGGUGUUGUUGGAUCUAGCUUUCUAAAACAGUUGGCGGGUGCCAAAUCUCAAAUUUCUUUCAAUUUGAUUCUCCUUUCCACGUCAAAGAAGGCUUUAAUUUCGAGGGACUAUAGGCCUUUGAAUUUGGAGUCUUGGGAAUCUGACCUGGUCAAGACUACCGAGGCGCCCCUCUCGCUAGACAACUUGCUAGAUUACUUGAAGAAGUCUCCAGAACCGGUCAUUUUUGUUGACAAUACUUCCAACGAAUCAAUUGCCAAUUUCUAUCCACAACUUGUCGAGAAUGGCAUCUCCAUCGCAACGCCUAACAAAAAGGCAUUUUCCUCAAAUCUUUCAUUGUGGAAUCAACUCUUCAGCGGUAAGCCAUCGCAGGGCUUAGUGUACCAUGAGGCCACCGUUGGCGCUGGACUGCCAAUCAUUGGCCCAUUGAACGAUAUGAUUCAGACUGGUGACAAGAUCCAGAAGAUCGAAGGUAUCUUCUCAGGAAGUCUCUCAUUUAUCUUGAACACCUUUUCGAGCACUUCCCCUUCUGAUCACAAAUUUUCUGAUAUUGUUAAGUCUGCGAAGGAUUUAGGCUAUACCGAGCCUGAUCCUAGAGACGACCUGAAUGGUUUAGACGUGGCCAGAAAGGUCACUAUUCUAGCCAGAAUUGCAGGCUUUAAAGUAGAGUCUCCUACUUCUUUCCCUGUUCAUUCGCUAAUCCCCAAACCCUUGGAAACUGUGUCGUCCGGUGCCGAGUAUUUGGAGAAACUGCCAGACUACGAUCAAGAAAUGGAAAACUUGAAACAGGAGGCCGCUGAAGAUAAUAAAGUUCUAAGGUUUGUUGGUAAAGUUGAUUUCCCCAAUAAUACAGUUUCCGUUGGGAUUGAAAAGUACGAUGUUUCGCAUCCUUUCGCUUCUUUGAAAGGAUCGGACAACGUUGUUUCUAUUCAAACGGACCGGUACCCAAACCCCCUGAUUAUUCAAGGGGCCGGUGCUGGUGCCGACGUCACUGCUGCUGGUGUUCUUGCGGAUGUUUUGAAAAUCGCCCAAAGGCUAUAG